CUCUCUCUCACCCCUCCUUCUCCAACUCCGGCCGCCGCCACGGCCAGGACGGCGUCGUGGUGCGCCUCCACCUCCCAUCCAUCCACUAGCUCCACCGUGCCAUCUCCACCAGUUGCCGCUGCAUCAUCCACCAUCUCGCGCCCCCGAUGCUCUUCUCCUCCCCACGUCCGAACUGCUACUGCUCCUCCACCUUUCUUCUCCCCCCAAAUUCUGCUGCUGCUUUCUCUCUAACCUCCCCACGCCUCUGCUUCUUCUUCUCCCUCUCCUUGCUGCUACUCCUUCCUCUCACGUCCCCCUACUGCUGCUCUUCUUCUUGCGCCGAUCUGCUGCUGCUCUGCUUCCUCCACUAAACUGCUGCUACCUCUGCUUCUUCUCUUCCUAUUGCUGCUUCUCCCUUCUCCAACUUCCUGCUACUGCCUCCUUCUUCUCUUGCUCCGCUCCUCCUCCUAAUUUUCUCUAAACCAGAAAACUGCUGCUGCUCUCCUCCAACUUGCUGUUGCUGCUGCUUCUCUCUCUCUCUCUCCGAUCUCAAAUUUCUGUAAUCUUGAGAAGUUUAUUGUUCAGUACUUUGGAAUAUUCAGAAUUGAGAUGUUUAGUUCAUGUAAUAUUCAGAUUUGAUAAGAGCUUGCAAUCUGACAAUUGUUCAGUUUCGUACUUGUGAAACAUAGUGCAUUUUAUUAUGCGCUCUGACUAGUUAAUGUCUAGUUGUUUGGAUAAUAUUUGGUAUGUUUGAUUGAUGUGUGAAUUACCGGUCUGCUAGCAUAUAUGUGUGUUCACCUUGUGUACUAGUCCCCUGUACUAGUUAACUUCCAGUACUAGUUAACUUUGUGUGUGUUUAAUUUUCAGUCUCUAUGAUAGCUUUGUCUCUGUGACAAAUAUGUUUGUAAUGUGAACCAUUUCCAUUCUGCUUUAUGUGUCCAUGUCCUGUUGUUCCCUUUGUGUUACUGUUUUAGUUUCUCAUGCAAAUAAAAAGUAAUAUCAAAAAGACAGAGAGUAUAAUCUGAAUCUCCCUUUGCUUCUUUUCGUUUACUUUGUCGCCGAUUUUCCGAAAUGAUCUUAGAUACUUUAGGUUUAUUUUCCCAGUAAUCGUCACUUAAAUUGUCUAGCCUAGCUUUAGUCAAGCAUCAUUGCUGAUCGUCUAGUCCCUGUGGAGAACACGACACUCGCAGUUCGGGCGAAAUAUCCCGCUGUACUUUUAAUUGAUCAAUUUGGCGCCGUUGCCAGGGACUUACGUCGAGCGAUUGUGUUAGGCUAUAGACUAGGUUUACUUUAGUUCCUUGUUCAAUUCGUCGUGUAUUUCAUCUUCAGUGUUUUUUUCUUCUAUUUUCCCCCAUUGUUGCUUCGGCUUAUUAGGAUACUAACCUUCUAACUAAUGUUUACUGUUUAUGAGUGUGUGUAGGGAAUCAUAAAUCUUUGCAGGUUGUUCUAUAGUUACACUUGGUUAAGAUAUGGCAUUGCUUCAUGAUCUUUGGAUGCCAAGUAGUCAAUGUUAUAUCACAGGACCGGUUUGGCCAACUAUUGAGGUAGAGAAUUUUGAGCUGAAGCCUGGUCUUAUUGCUUUGGUUCAACAACAACAGUUUGGAGGACUGCCUACUGAUGAUCCCUAUGAGCACUUACACCGAGUCAUGGAGUAUUCAGAUACAGUCAAGUACCAUAGAGUUCCUCAAGAUGCAAUCAUGUGCAGGUUGUUCACAUUCUCCCUCCGUGAUGAUGCUCGUGCUUGGUAUCGAUCCUUGCCAUCAAGGUCAUACAGUUGGAAUGAGAUAUCCCGAGCUUUCUUGGAUAAAUAUUUCCCACUACACAAGCAGUCCGCAAUUCGAGAUGAGAUCUUCAAUUUCGUUCAGCGUGAAGGCGAGAGCUUGUAUGAUGCUUGGGAGAGAUACAAAGCCUUAUUCAGGAGAUGUCCUAAUCAUGGGCUCGAGAGAUGGUUAGAGCUGCAGAUAUUCUAUAGAGGAUUGACUUCGGACACUCGAGCUUACGUCGAUAUGGCAGCGGGUGGAGCUAUUACAAAUAAGACACUUGAUGAAGCUUUUCUGCUGAUUGAGAGCAUAGCUUUCCACCAACUUCAGUGGUACAAUAAGAAGCCCACGUCUGAUUCAUUGGUUUGCUUGCAACAAAUCACUACACCUCAACCACCAAUUCUUACACAAAAGCCUGAGCCUCUAUCUCAGUGUGACAAGGUUGAGCUUGCAUGGAUUAUAUUUGACGAUGAUGACACCAUUCUAGUUGACACACACGCUACAGAUCAUCUGGAUAUUAGUGUUGGAGAUUCAGUUUUGCAUUGUGAUGAUUCUUCCAUGGAUGAGCCAGAGCAGCAGUUCGUUGCUUUUGAUAUUGAGGAGUCACCUUUAGUUGAUAUUGAUCAUGUGCUGCUAGAGCCAGAUAUGGAGAAGUUCGCCUUUGAUGAUGUCAGCCGCAUUGAUUCUUCAACACUUGAGCCUGAGAUGGAGAGCUUCAUGGUUGAUUAUGGUGAGGUGGAUUCAGAUGUCAAGGAGUCAAGCUCUAUUUCACUUGUUGACACGAGUCCGGUGGAAAUUUCUACUACCACACCUCACUUGGUAUCUUCAAUGGAGGUAGUCCUGAAGCUUCUUCCUAACUAUCUCAGGUUUACGCUUGUGCACCACUCAUUACGGGCCGACCAAGUUCGAGAUGACAUCCCAUGGGAUCCUGGUGGAUUCACGGCAUGGUGAUGAGGAGAAGCAAAGAGCACACAUGAGGAAGAGCGAAGCUGGAGCAGGCAUGAGGAUGGAGAAGCAAAAGGAGAGGAGCAACAGCUUAGAGAGUGAUCAAGCAAGUGCUACUUCAUAGUGCUCGGUGAGCUGUUUCAUGACCCAUUCCGAGUAUAUCAUCCAUUGAUAAAUGCUGAAAUCAAAUGUUAUUUGGGUUUCUUAAGCCAUGUCUUAAAUGUUGCCCCACUGAAUUUUAUUUGACAUAUGGUGCUUGAUGAGAAUAUGUGAACUGAUUGUUGAAUGCCUUGUAAACUAGUGAUCUACAACCUGUUUGCUUCGCUGAAAGUAGUGAAAGCUAUUAGUUUUGAGUGCUCAAAUCCCUAGUACACUAGAAAACUUAAUCAUUUUCUGCUUUUACCUCGAUACACCUAGAUCAUUAAGUGUCAGAUGUUGAGUUUGUGCCUAAUGUGUUCCCAUUGAGAGCAAUCACCUAACAACUAUGGAUUAGCAUGCUAUGUUCCCUGGAACGGUAGCAUGUGAACCAGACAUGGAGAA